GUGAAUCGGACGAGCGUCGAUGUACUGCCUCCCUCACUGAACGCUGCUUGCCUCCCUGUGUGGCUGGUGCUCGGUGCUGCGUUCGGGACGCGUGAAGGCUGCAACGUGACGAAGUGCUGGAUAUAUUAACUGAGCGGCGACGGACUGUCCUUAUAAGCGGGAUGAGCUCGGCGUGUGGCGAGUGACGGCGGUUGCGUGUGACGGUGGUGAGGACGUGACGGUGAUGGCGUGACACAUCUAGAGAAAGAGAGAAUGAGAAAAGGAAAUACAUCAGUAGAUAAAUAGACCACAGUGCUUCAUGUGACCGGAAUCUAAAAUAAACAAAUUAGAAAAAAAACUAGGAAAGUAAGCAAACACCAUAUUUUUACACUAGAAAAGUACAGAAAAGUAAGUAAAAGAACCCUGGAAAGUGACAACAGUGAGGAGUGAAGCAAGGAAUGGUGGUGCCGCGGAUGUGUGUCGGUCACGCCCUGGAGAAAAUGCACGGGGAGAAGAGGAGGUGUUUCUGCAGGGAGGACGGAGGCAAGGAGAGGCGCGAGGGGUAGUGGAGGGAAGCCCAGGCCGCCACCAUGCCGAUCAGAAGGGGUCACGUCGCCCCGCAGAACCUCUUUAUUGACACCAUCAUUCGCCGCUUCGAUGGACCAAAUCGCGCUUUCGUGGUUGCCAACGCGCAACAUGACUGCCCCAUCAUCUUUGUCAACGAGGGCUUCUGCAGGAUGUCAGGCUUCUCUCGGGCCGACGUCAUGCAGAGGACAUGUACGUGUGACUUCCUGUACGGUCCUAUGACAUCCUCGCAGGCCAUUCAGCAGGUGCAGAACGCCCUGGCCACUGCGCAGGAGGUGCUGGUGGAGGCGCUCUACUACAAGAAGGAUGGGACGAAGUUCAUGUGCCAGACGACGCUCUACCCUAUCAAGAACGAGGAUGGCGACACGUGUAUGUUCAUCGUUAACUUCCAGGACCUCACUGCGAAGCCCGAGGAGGAGGAGGACGAUGAGAGCCCCGCACCUGACACCAUUCAGUCCAAGUUCAACAGAGCAAGAGCGUCAUUCCGCCAGUCCCUUCGCAUGGGGUCUCUUCGGCGGGGCAAAUCUCCGGCGUCCAGCUCCUCGUCCACACCCGGGGCACGCAUGGAGCCCAUCAUGGACCACCCGUCUGAGGAACCCCACGACGAUGAAGGGGAAGAGGAAGGCGACGACGAGAACGCGAACUCCUGCAGAGAGGUCAAAGAAGACGAACAGUCGGAUCCAUUGCUGGGGUCCCUGUCUGGCCUCACCACCUCGCCCUCCCACGCCGCCACCACCACGACCACCACCACCACUAUGGCCCCUUCUGACGGUGGUGUGGCCUCCUCCUCCCCUCCCAUACACUCCCCUCGCCCCUCACAACCUGUAGGAGGAGGAGGAGGAGGCUCAGGGUCGCUCAGUAUUCCCAGUAGAUCUGAAGGCGUGGGUGGGACUUCUGCUGAGGUCCAGGUGUCCUCAAGCACUGCCACGCCUGCUACCCUUAUAGUCUCCACGCAUAGUGAUAAUAAGUCUGCAUUCGACGCCCUCCACGUGAACCGCCCCUCGCUCGCCGCCUUCUUUGAGGACCGCAAGACCUCUCUGCCCAUCUGGCGCAGGAAGGAUUCAGCCGCCUCUAGGAAAGACUCCCUCGCCACCACGGCCUCUAAGACCUCGGAAAGAGUCGGGUCCUUUGCCGAGGAGGGCGGAGGGCGGGCUCACAACAGCAUGCGGUCCGCUACCUCACUGGACGCCAUCAGCCACAACCGCAUCACACAUCCUGGCCGGGACUUCCCCUCACGUUCCGCCACCAUCUCCACAAUGUUCCCCAGCGCCCACACCCAGCCUGGUCUCUACGGCCAGAAACACAAGCCAUACACCCUCGACACCCUUGUACCAGCACGUAACAACAUCUUCAAAAACUUCCCCAACGCCUCCUCUGAGUCUGACUUGUCCCGCUACCGCACCAGACUGCCGGGGCGUGAUCGCAAGAGUCCUUCUCUCAGCAACCUGACGGCGGACGGCAUCAGACACAAGUUUUCGUUUCAAGACCCCAAUGCCGCCAAGGGUCUCUUCCCCAACGCCUCCAAAGGACACCAGAAGAUCGACAAAGUAGCGCACGUCGGCCAGGUGGUCCUCUCUCUGGGUGCUGAUGUCUUGCCGGAAUACAAGUUACAAUCUCCACGAAUACACAAAUGGACGAUCCUUCACUACUCCCCCUUCAAGGCCGUGUGGGACUGGAUCAUCCUGCUUCUCGUCAUCUACACGGCCAUCUUUACGCCCUACGUGGCCGCCUUUCUUCUAAACGAGCAGGAGGUGGCCAGACAGAACAAUCAGAACCAAUAUGAUAGUCCCAUUGUCAUCAUAGACCUCAUAGUCGACAUCAUGUUUAUGGUGGACAUCAUCAUCAACUUCAGGACGACCUACGUGAACCACAACGACGAGGUAGUAUCACAUCCCGGCAAGAUCGCUCUCCAUUACCUCCGCGGGUGGUUCCUCAUUGACGUGGUCGCCGCCAUUCCCUUCGACCUUCUGCUGGUUACUGAUUCAGAGGCGGGAACGGAGCCUCACACAACUGCUUCUCCAGCAGAAAGAGAAUUUGAGGAGGCAGAUGAUGAAAAGACAACCACCCUCAUCGGCCUCUUGAAAACCGCUCGACUCCUGCGCCUGGUCAGAGUGGCCAGGAAAAUAGACAGGUACUCCGAGUAUGGCGCCGCCGUCCUCCUCCUCCUCAUGGCCACCUUUGCCCUCAUCGCCCAUUGGCUGGCCUGCAUCUGGUAUGCUAUUGGCAAUGCAGAGCGGCCAGGGCUGCCUCACAAAAUAGGUUGGCUGGACCAUCUGGCCAAUGCUACUCGUCAGUACUACUACGGCAACAGCACGGGGGGACCCACACUCAGGGCUAAGUAUGUGACAGCACUAUACUUCACCUUCAGUAGCCUCACGUCUGUGGGUUUCGGCAACGUGGCGCCAAACACAGAUGUAGAGAAGAUAUUCACCAUAUUGGUUAUGCUCAUUGGCUCUCUCAUGUAUGCCAGUAUCUUUGGUAAUGUGUCGGCCAUCAUUCAGCGACUGUACGCUGGCACAGCCCGCUACCACACACAGUUCAUGAGAGUCAAAGAGUUCAUCCGUUUCCAUCAAAUACCUAACCCACUCAGGCAGCGGCUAGAAGAGUAUUUCCAGCACGCCUGGACCUACACAAACGGCAUCGAUAUGAAUCUGGUGUUGAAGGGCUUCCCUGAUUGCCUGCAAGCUGACAUCUGUCUGCAUCUCAACAGACAGCUUUUCCAAUCCUGUCCAGCCUUUGAAGGUGCCAGUCCAGGAUGUUUACGAGCGUUAAGUAUGAAAUUCAAAACCACACAUGCUCCUCCUGGGGACACGUUAGUGCACAGAGGAGAUGUGCUCACCUCAAUGUACUUUAUCUCCAGAGGCUCUCUGGAAAUCCUCAAAGAUGAUGUUGUGAUGGCCAUCCUGGGCAAAGAUGACAUAUUUGGGGAGAAUCCAUGCAUCUACUCUACUAUAGGAAAGUCCUCGUGUAAUGUGAGAGCACUCACUUACUGUGACCUCCACCGCAUCAUGCGGGACGACAUCCUGGACGUCCUAGAUCUUUACCCAGAGUUUUCUGAGGAGUUCUCAAGAAACCUGGAGAUUACCUUCAACUUGAGAGAUGAGGAAGUGGCAGGCGUUGACCCAGCACUGCUGCGGAAGUGGCCGGCCCAAAUGGAGCGCAGUAACUCCCAGGAGGGUGAGGAGGUGAGGGCUGCCUUCAGGCUACCCCGGCAGCGGAGGCGACAGUACACCCGGCGGCCGUCCAGUGGCGAGGAGAGCGACUCUCCUGAGGAAGAUCAGUGUCAGUCGAGUGCAGAGGUGUUGCACAAACAGGAAGAGAAGCACUUAGUCUCUCGGGGAGUCAAGGCAUCCUCUCCUGAAAAAGUUAGGAAAGAGUUGGGUCCUCUCAGUCUAAACUUUGAACACAAGCAACGGUCGGGAACCCUCAACUCCAUAACAGCUGGGUCAGCGGAUAUGUCCCCAGGUUAUGGGGUCCUUACUCAGCUCAAACGUAGCUUUACUGACCUCCGCCUGCAUAGAGUGGAGGGUAAGGUGCAUAGAUCGGAAAGUAGAUCGGGAGCCUUCUCAAGUAUGACCUCAGCGUUGGGUGUUGGAGGGCGAGAAUCAAGGUCAACGUCCAGAUGCUCCUCCCCAGGACCCCACGGAAAAGAGGAUGCCCCACUCCUCACAAACGCUGCCCCUAUUGCAGGUAGUGCCAGUCCUGAGCGGCGAGUCCAUGCCCGCCACUCCAGCUUGACUUUACCUGUGGAGGGUCAACACAGUGCCACUCACAGUCAUAGUCGGGAAGUUGUGGAGGUCAACUUGCGCUUAGAUGCCAUCACCAGGCAAAUGCAGCAUUUGGAGAUGCGUGUGACAUCAGACAUUGGUCACAUUCUCUCCAUUCUGCAACAGCAGCAACAACAGUCAUCAGUUUCACCGUCCCAAAUGGAUUCUGAUCAGAGUCCAGAAAAUCGUCGUGGUGGAGGAAAUGGUUCUCGGGGAGGAAAUGGACGAGAAGGUAAAGUGUUCCGACGAACUGCCUCCUUGCAUGACGACACCCCGAAGCACUCAAGACACCACUACCGCUCUCUGGAGAUCACUCGACCUCAGGUGGAGGAUUUGCUAGGGCAUUCAAGUGAUAGCUCCACCCACCAAGGCCUUGAUUUUCGAGAAGUGAGUGGAGCCCUUGGAGGCUUGAGUGGUCCUGGUCGAGGAGGAGUUGGGGGUACCACAAGACAAUGCCCUUCCAUGCCUCUCACUCCAGACUUGGACUCAGACUCUUUGAGACCAUCUCCACCCCGCAGUCAAUCCCAGCCUUCAGAUUUAACACAGGCCCGGUGGCGUCGUAAGUGCCGCUCACCUCUGCAAGGCUCAGCCCUGGACCCCUGGGCACCCCGGCGGGAGGACUCCAAGGGCUCUGAGCCUGACUCCUGGGGCGACUUCCGAUCCCUCACCGAGGCUCCCAUCGCUAGACUAGAGUCGCUGGAUGAAAUGGAGUCGUUGUCUGAACGUUCAAGGGAAGCAAGUCCCGGCACGAGUCGCCACAGCAUGCCAGCUCCUCCCCGGACUGAGUCGGAUGUCUAGGACUCGUGCUUUAUCAACAAAUCCUCAAGGACCCACAGCCACUCAGGUCGGAGUCCAGCGUGUGGUAACUGGCAUCCCCAAGUCCACGUGAAUUUGCAACGAAUGAAUCUUUCUCCAAUUACUCAUUAUUUAGAGAGCAAAAAAAUCUAGUGUACGAAGAUUACAUGUGACUUAUAGUUGUGUGGAAACGUAUGUAGUAAAUAUGUAGAUGGAAGAUGGGGAAAGAUCUAACUGAGCUGAAAUGCAACAACUUAAUAAUGAUAGAGGUUUAAAAUAACACUGCAUAUGUAAUCUUAAAUUUCUUGGUAUACUGAUCUAUCAUGCAAUACAUAAGUUCAUCUUAGUCAUGUAGGAAGUGAUACACAAUUCUGUGAGAACUGAUCUAUUCAGUAUCAUUAAGUUAUAUAAGAGAAUUGAAUAAUAAGGCUUUUUACCACUGAAUCUAUUGAUUUAUUAUAAUUCUGCAUUCAAAUUGACUCCCCUGAAGUGCAGUUGAAGGGGAUCUUAAAUAUACAUAAUGUUUAAGGUAUUCCUCAGUGAAUGUAGCAGGUUUAACCUUGCUUGAAAUGAUUAGAGAUAGACAGAAUAUGUUUUGAUAUGCAGAUAUUGAACAGAAAAGACUGCACAUUCACAUAGACAGUCACUAAUUGUUUCAGAUUCGGUAAUACUGCAACGUCCAGGGAACGAUGGUAAUUAAUUUUUUAAGAUUAAGGUUUUCUGUGAUGCCUUUCAUUUAAAGAGUGGAGAACAUAAACCAUUGGUUGUGUCCAAGAAGUUUUCAGUCAUACUUCUUUCAUAAUUUUUUUUAUAUGUAUUUAUAAACUUCUCCAGUCUUUAAUGCCAGUACCAGUCUAUUUUUCAAUUUGGUUCUUUUUACGCAGAACAUCCACAGAAUACUUUAGAGAUGUGCAUUUGUACAAACAUUUUUAACAUGUGAUGGAUUCCUCCUGCGUGAAAUGAAAGCUGACUAGACACUCCUUGGACUCUACCACUGACAUGAAGUUACUUGUUAAGACAACAACUCGAGGCUUUAGUUACUGGCUGAAAUAAGACAAAACUGAUGACUGCUAUAACCUUUACUCUGUUGUUUAAAUGUUCAACUUAUAUUUACUAGAACAUACAGCUGCACGUUUGCCUCGAUUGCAUACAUGUAUAAAUUGGUCCUUGUAAAAGACACUGAUUUUCAUAUGA